AUGGCGGAGUAUCCAUUAUUUGUUCGACUUGAGAUGCAAGAGUACCUAGCCAAUAAUAAGAAAAUAGCUGUGGGCGCCCUUGAUUGCGCUAACAACAUAACGGAAACCCCAUCCCCAUCGCGCAAGCUGAUACAAGGUGGGUGCCCGGUGCGGUUCGACACCUCGCCCGGCCUGGACGCGGUGGUCAGCAGCUGCCGCGGGGUGCCGUCGGCGCAGCGGUGCUGCGGGGCGUUCAAGACCUACGCGUGCCCCUACAGCGACGUGAUCAACGACAACUCCGAGAACGGGUGCGCCAGCGCCAUGUUCUUCGAGAUCAACGUCCGCGGCAGGCUGCGGCCGGGGAUCUUCUCCCAGCUGUGCGUCGAGGGCCCCUUCGGGCUCAGGUGCUGAUCAGGUGCGCGCCACGUGUCUUGCCAGCUCGAUCGGUCGAGCUCCGGGCUCCUACCACCGCCUAUACCUGCUGGCCGGCGGCGGCAGGGGGGCGACGGCCUGCCGCUCCAGGCCGGCCGGCGGCCAGUUGUAUCUCCAGCAAAUUUAUUACCUUGAUGCCCGGCUGCUCUCCCCUGUGGCGGCAUUGCAUUGAUUUGCAUGUAUCCGGUUUCUGUAUCGGAGACGAAUUGUCGAACGAUACAUGCUAUAAUAUACAGGUACGUUCUGACGCGCGGC